GUGCGUCUCUGUGAAACACCAAAAGAGAAAUCUCUAAUGGAUGCACAUGACAACUUCUCUGAUGCCGUGCACCAGUCAUACACAAACCACAUUACUCGCCUCUUGUCCCAAACAUCACCACGAGGGAGAUCAUCACCUAGUAGAUUUGAUUCCAUUCAGGAUGCCCCCACAGAACCACUUUCAGUAACUUCUACCACUCGCACGAUAAAGCGUAAUCGCUUCCAAAAGGUCGAAGCAAACGAACCUUAUGCACCUUCACCCCAGCGCCACCAGAUGCAAUCAGCAUUGUCUAUCGACCAAUCAGACUAUCAACUAGAAGCAUCCCAGACACAAAUUCAAAAAACAAUGUCUACUAAUACUGAGACCUCGAAUCGCUUGGCUAAUACCACAGGUGGAUCAGCUAAAGAUGUAACUAUGUACUCACCAAGACGUCGACGCUUUGCUGGGGAUUACGAUGACGAAGAUGACAGGCCUCGAUCGAAGCAUAAGACUGCCAACAUGAUAGUGAAUACUCAAGGGUCAUCAAAAGCCAGUUCUUCACCAACCUCGUGCCUUUCUUCAAAACCUGACCAAGACAACACACAACAAACUGAUACGCAGCCUGAACAACAAACUUGUAGUCAAAAGCCAACCACAAAACAACCUUUGCUUGCCCACACAACCGAAAAUCCUUUACCGAACCCUAAAACCACCACAACAAAUACCACGAACGCAACCAAUUCCAUCGAUACUAACACGAACACGAACACGAACACCACAACCACCACCACCACCACCAC